AUGGCUUCUUCGUCGUGUCUCAAGAUGCUCGCGGGCCUGACGAUGGCUGCUUCAACCCGAGGCCAUCUCACUAUGACGAAGGUUGGAGGGUUUGCUAGCACGAACGAGGAUCCUCUGGAAAUCGUCGUAGCAGGAAAGAACAACGUAAGUGAGCGUCUGUCGGGAUGUAUCCACUGUUGUUGACCUUGCUCUCUCUGUCUCCAUAGGGUUUACAAGGGGUGCUUCGCCCGCCCCCCUCUCGGGGGGGGCGGUCUCGCGUAUUCACCCGCCGUUAUUUUGUAGGUGCACAUAUUUUGUAGGUAGGUGCACUGCUGAAAAUAAUGGGAGUUUGAACUUUGUUGACAACAUCAGGCAUGCAUGUGGUGUGAGUAGAUCGAGGAUCGGAUGUGUGUGGUAUUUUUUUUUUUUUUGUUCUUCACUUGAAAUCAGCGCUCACAGCACUACUUACUAUUAGUGCCGUUUAUUCCAACCCGUGGUCACACAGAAGAGCCUCUCUCUACUACCCUCCCCUCCUGCGGUACUUCGUCUUCAAUUUUUAAUGCGAGAAGAGUUCAGCACUCUCUUGCCUCUGUGUACACACGAACUAGCGCUAUCCACUUGGUCAGGAGCGGAAGCGAGAGAAAAACUCACUUUGCAAGAAAAGCUCGCCUACGCCGGGAUUCGAACCCCUGACCUGACCUCU